UGUUUGUAUAGUGAAUAGAGUUGUGGGUGGUACGCGUGGUGUGAUACGUGCGGGGUAUACGUGUUGUCCAUUAUUCCUCGCGUGUGUGAUAAUGCUUGCUUAUUUAUUUACGUAGCAUAACACCAAGGCAAGAAGAUUCUCGCGUUCGUCGACUGAUGCGACGAGAAGAGCACUUUGAACGAAUUUGCGAACCUGCGGGGAUCGCGCGUCACCCGAAUCGAGAUCCCGCGAGGCGUUCGCAUUAGCCAACUGUUCUCCUCGUUUCCGCAGAAAUUAUUUACGUACGAUUUAGAUUAGAAACGCGUUAACUAUCCUAGUCGCGAUUUAGAUAUAUUUGAAGGGGCGCGGUAUUCUGUUCCAGCAAAUCUCAGCGCGAUUCGACCACGCUAUUACGCAUUAACGUGGUGCAAUUUUGCGCGUUUUAUAACCUGACAACACGAGCGAAGUACCUUCGUCCUGUGUAUCUUAUUUAUCAUGCUGUUGCAUCUUUGACGAAACAUUAUCAAGCGCAGGAUAUCUACAUUUUACAGGUGUAUACUUAAAUAAAGGAUACUACAAUGUGGCAAACGCAAAGUAACAAUUCCAACAAUUCCAAUCCGAACUCUACAUCGAGUGAGAAGAACAAUUUACGUACUCUGGGUAUGACAUCUGCUAUCAGUGUAGCGGAGCCUAAACCCAUUGAUAUUAUCAGAACUAACGAAUUGAAGGAGGCCCUUAAACCCUAUAAUGUUUUUGAGUCUGAAGAAGAAUUGAAUCAUAGAAUGGAGAUUUUAAGCAAACUGAAUGCAUUGGUCAAACAGUGGAUAAGAGAUACUAGCAUAGCUAGAAAUAUGCCACCUAAUGUAGCUGAACAAGUCGGUGGUAAAAUAUACACAUUUGGUUCAUAUAGAUUAGGUGUACAUCACAAAGGCGCCAAUAUUGAUGCUUUAUGUGUUGUACCACGUCAUAUAUAUAGAUCAGAUUAUUUUACAUCUUUUUUUGAAUUACUGAAGAUGCAAGAAGAAGUUACAGAUUUAAGGGCAGUGGAAGAAGCCUUUGUACCAGUCAUAAAAAUGAAUUUUGAUGGUAUAGAAAUCAACAUGUUAUUUGCAAAGUUAACUCUUAAAGAAAUUCCGGAUUCGAUAGAUCUCAAGGAUGACAUGCUACUCAAAAAUCUUGAUCAAAAGUGUGUCAGGAGUCUCAAUGGUUGCAGAGUAACUGAUGAAAUAUUGCGCUUAGUACCUAAUAUAGAAAAUUUCAGAUUGGCCCUUAGGGCUAUAAAAUUAUGGGCGAAACGUAAGAUUUAUGAAUAUAUAUGUAUAUUUAUAUAUUCUUUAUGUAAUAUAUUACGAUAUAUACUAACAAUUUGUGGAUGCCAAAUUGGCAAAAUCAUAACCCUUCAUACAGGUACAUUGGAGAGAAAUCCUCAUAUUACCUUGGCACAUGUAAAUCCGGAAGCGUUUCCACCAUUAGAUCCUGAACCAGGCAAGCAUUGUUCUAUGUGGUUCAUCGGCCUGUCAUUUGCUAAGAGUGAGAGUCUCAACAUUGAUCUCACAUAUGAUAUCAAAUCUUUUGUGGAAACAAUUGAAAGGCAAGCAGAACAAAUAAAUAUGUUGAAGGAAGGAAUGUGGAUUGAGGCUAAACAUGUAAAACGGAAGGACUUGCAUACUUAUGUAUCUUCAAGUUUAGUGAAAAAAGAAAAGAAAGUUUCUGGUAGUGUGCAUCGCAAUGGCAAUAUUGCUGGAAAUGGGAACAGUGGUAGUGUAUCGCCACGAAGCCAAGGUGAUACAAGCAAAAAGAGGUUAUCAGAUCAGACGCUCGAUACAUGCGGAAAGAAACGAAGAGUCAAUGACGCAGAAGAACAAACAGAGAACACAUCAUUAGUGGUUCAAUCUUGCGGAGAAGAUAGCAAUUCAGGCUUCGGCAUGAUUCAGGAUGAAUACAAACAGAAUCUAUCAACUACUAAGGACGAAGGACCUACUGGGGCAUCUACAGUAGCGCAGGAGGGAUUUGUAUGCACUUGAUGACCACUGCGGGAUUAUCUUACGCCAAUCCACAGAUGCUCUUCUGGGCCAUCUAGACUGUAAACGUUUCUACGCAACCAUCCACUGCCCACUGUAAGUCCUUCGUUUCGUAAAAGCAAAACAAUGUCACGUAAUGGAGGAAGCUAUCCAGGUGGAGUCAAUCGAUAGACGACUGUUAAUAUGUUUGUAUAACAAACGCUAUAAUUAAUAGUAUUUAUAAAAAAAAAAAAAACA